AUGAAUUUUUUAAUAACCGGUGGUGCAUUUGAUAAAUUAAUAAAAGUUUGGGAUAUCAAUACACACAAGCUUUUAUUUUAACUUAAAGGUCAUGAUUAAGGCGUAUGGGAUUUACAUAAAUUUUCUGGUUUAGACCUUGUUGUAAGUGCAGGAAUGGAUAAAUCUAUAAAAAUUUGGAAUGCCAAAAAAGGAGGACCACCAUUAAGAUAAAUACCAGAUGCUCACAAAAACUGGAUUAGAGGUUUAUUGUAUAUUCCAGAAUCCGAUGGAUUAGUAGCCAGUUCUAGUUACGAUAAAACCGUAAAAGUAUGGAAUGUAUAAACAGGAGAAUUAGUUUAAGAAAUGUUAGGACAUGAAGCAGAUAUAUACGCACUUACAUAUGAGGAAACUACAAAUUAAUUAAUAUCUUGUGAUAAUAAAGGUAAUAUUUUAAGAUGGAAUUGGCUUGAAGGCUCUUUCAAAGUAGUUUAAUAAGAUUAAAGCGGUUUUUUCGCUAUCGGAAUAACUACUAUUCCUAAUUCUAAACUUAUGUUUACUGUAGGAUAUAAUUCUUUUAAUAUAUUUGCUCUUGAUAUUUCUAAAUUAAAUAAAUAACCUUUAUAUGUAAAGAAAGGACAUGCAAAUGAAACAUGGAAUGUUAAAUAUAGAAAGGGUACAGGGUUCAUAUAUUCAGGAAGUACUGAUUAUUCAGUGAAAAAAUGGAAUGUAUGUGAAUUUUUACAUGAAAUAUUUGAUUUAGAGGAAGGUAUUUGUGUAAAAGAAUGUAAAGAAGGUUAUAUUGAAAAUAGUGAUUUGAAUAUUUGUGUUAAAUAAGUUAAGAAAAGUGAAUUAUGAGAGGAAUAAUAUUAUAUUCCUUUUUAAUAAAUAUUUUAUUCUACUUGUUUUUUUUUUUUUUUUUGAGAUUUAAUAUUAUAAUUAUUAUUUUUAUUAAUAAUUGUGCAUUUUUAUUUUAUUUUUUAUGUUGAAAAAUACAU